AGUUCAAUUGAAAACGCAUUUGAAUUAUAAUUAUUAUUACUGUAUAAUAAACAGUCAAUUCAUAGACAACUGUAUUGUCGUCUUGUUUUUAGUUGUCAUCAGUGGUUAAUAAUAAUCUUAAUUUGUUUACAAUUAUGACUGAAGACAAUAGUGGCGCUCAUGAUAUGGAUUAUGGAGAAAGUGGUGAUGAACAACAAUCAUCAACAUUGCCGCCUGAAUUACCGCAAGGGUUUGGCGAUCAAAGUGUCCAAUCUCCCGAUUCGGGUAUUGAUGACACAAUGGCCACAAGUCCAGCAGAUGCUACUAUACCGGCGGAGAUUUCGUCAUCACAAGUUGUCAGCAAACCAAUUGCUAAUGUCGACCAAGACAUAGAUGACGAUGACGAUUUUGAUGAAACAUUAGUCGAGCGACUCAUUGGUCUGACUGAGAUGUUUCCCGAGACGUUACGUAAUUUGGUCUAUAAUGUGACCAAAGGUAGUCUUAAUAGAAGCAAACAAUUGUAUGGAUUGAGUUGUUCGGUGUUUUGGGUGGUCUUCACUUCAUCGGCCGUUUUAUUGGCGCCGUUGGCUCUCGAGAUGGAGAGAUCGCAGUUGGAAGAGAUAAAUAAACAGCAACAGAGACAAAUACUGUUGGGUCCUUCGGCGGCCAUUUCGGGUGGAGGUCACGGUAUGCCAAUGCCUCCCUUAUCGGCUCCCGCUCCGCGUUAAUUCGAUAUCAUUUAACAGCCCAUA